AUGGCUACAGCUGAAGGCGCGAACAAGUUCAACCAACUCCAGCCAAUUGUGCUACGCAUCAUCGCCAACUAUGACAACAUGGACCUUGCCCAAAUCGUGCGCCUCUUUCCCGAAGAACAAGAACUCGCAAACGUGGUCUGCCGAGCGCUCAACGCCUUGUCCUUGCAAUGCAUACUGUCAUGGUAUGUGACCGGUGGUCAGAGCAACCUUUUGAGCGACCUUGGAAAUCUUCGACUGCAAUUCCAGGAUCACAACUUCUCCGCUCUCAAAGUCACACCGUCACACGACAAGACCGAUACUUAUCAUGUUUUCGUCUAUGGCAAGUACCUUCUUCUUCACUGGAACGCAGGGGGCACUGCGCCGCUCGACUUCGCCCAUGAACUGGCCUCUAUUUUCAGGUUUCCGCUCGACAUAAUCGAAGAAAGGAAAGUUCUUGAGCUGGAGACGUUCUGCGAGCUGGGCUUGACGCAAUUGCGAGAGACUCUGAGGAAGCCUGCUGUGCUACAGGUGGUCUAUAGGGCAGUCGAAGAAUGGCUGAGCAACUAUCCCAAUGGUUUACCGAAUCCUACUGAAAUCAUCCAUCGCCAGCUACGAAAGGCGAUCAUCGAAUAUCAUCCAGGCAUGCUGGACGUAUUGCUCAAAGAGAAAGUGCAAAGUGUUCAGCGCUUUGAUGUGGAGCAGUUUGCGAACAUGCUUCACUCUAAUCCUUGGAAACGUGAAGACGCAAAGACCUAUGCUACCAGGCAGAUUGCAGCUACAAAUUGGCACCAGGAGGCCACCCUCAGCCUACUGUUCUGCAGUGCGUUCUCGUGGUAUCAUGAGUACCUACGACGGGAAGACCUUCGACCCUUGAGCGCGCAGCUGGAUAAAGAUCUGAACGCUUGCCGCGGCCACAACCAGCGGGACCCACCGGUGAUGUACACCAACAAUGCAAAAGACCCAUUGUACCAGAUCGUGUACGGAUGCUAUCUCAUGGCUCGAACGCGUGAAAGCAGCAUGCCGGUCGAUCUACUGGCUAGAAUUGUUCGGGUGCAGAGUUCAGGCUCCGAAUCUGAACACGCACGAGAGUUCUUGAAAUGGCAGAAGGAUGCCCUGGCGCACGCGCACCAGCCAGGGACUGCCAGUGGACAUGGCAUAUAG